GGGGGGGCCAUUUUUGCUCUCUAACACUCUUCCAGAACCUUCCCACCUCCACUACUUCUCUAGAACCUUCCGUUUGCGAAGCUUCGCCCUUUUUCCCCCUCUCCCCCCUAUUUAAACCCUCUCUCUCUCUCUCUCCACCUCUCUCUCUCCUCUUUCUCUAAGAAAAGAAGAAAAAAAAGAAAAAUCCCCAAAUCUACGAGUCUCCUUCUCAAUCCAGUGGCGGCGAAGGAGGAGUGCGCCGUCGCAAUCCGCUCCGCGCAAUUCAAGUACGUUUUUUCUGGGAUCGAUCUUGCGGAAAUUGAGGCCCCGAUCGUUUGUUGAAACCUAAAUUUGUUGCUUGUUUUUAGCUCCGUUUUCGGUGUGAAAUCCCCGAAGUUUGUCGCUAACCCUUGUCGGUUUCAUCGUCAGAAUCUCGUCUUGGGGUUGUGUAGUUCGCGUUUUCUUUUUUUCUUUUUUUGUUCGAUCUCGCGAAAAUUGAGUCCCCGAUCCUUUGAAAGCUUAAUUGGGAGGGGACCGAUUUUGAUCGUGCUUGUUUCAACUUCAUUUUCCGAUGCGAAAUCCGCAUGUUCAUCGGUUUCCUCACGUUUUCUCGCAUCAAAAUCGUGUCUUGGUGUUGUAUAGUUCGCGUUUUCGUUCGAUCUCGCGAAAAAUGAGGUCCCAAUCCUUUGAAACCUAAAGAGGAAGAGAAUCACUUUUGAUUGCGCUUGUUUUAGCUUCAUUGUCGGUGCGAAAUCCGCGUGUUUGUGUGCAAACCAUCUCAAUUUCAUCGAUCUCCUCGUGUUUUCUCGCAUCAAAAUCUCGUUUUGGCGUAGUGUGCUUCGCGUGUUCUUGAACCCUCAAUAUAUCCCCUUCUCAAUCCGGUGGAGCGUACUCCGUAAUCCUCUAUUUUACCUAAAUGGGAAAAGAACCCAUCUCGAUUUUACCUGUUUUAACUCCAUUUUCGGUGCAAAAUCCCCAAAUAGGCCAUUGACAUCUCAAUCUACAUCUUGUGACUCUCGCAUCAAAAUCUCCGCUUGUCAUAGCAAUGAAUCCCUAUCUCAAUCCGGUGAAGGAGGAGUACCCGGGAGCUCUAGCAGGGGUGGCGGUGGGGGCCUCGUCGUCGUUGCUGGGCUCCGAAAAUGGACUGCCUCUGCUGCCACGGCCCAUGCAGGGCCUGGGCGAUGCUGGGCCGCCGCCAUUCUUGAUGAAGACCUACGACAUGGUUGACGACCCCUGCACCGAUCAGAUUGUGUCGUGGGGUGUCGCCAAAAAUAGCUUUGUGGUUUGGGACCCCCAUGCAUUUGCUACUACUUUGUUGCCGAGAUACUUCAAGCACAAUAACUUCUCCAGCUUUGUGAGGCAACUCAACACUUACGGCUUCAGAAAGGUCGAUCCUGACAGGUGGGAGUUUGCGAACGAGGGAUUCGUGAGGGGCCAAAGGCAACUUCUCAAAAACAUUAGGAGGAGAAAGCCGCCUCCCCCUCAUCCCGUUCCCCAACAACAACCUCUCGGCCCGUAUCUCGAGGUUGGGCAGUUUGGAUACGAAGCAGAGAUUGAUAGAUUAAAGAGGGACAAGCAAUUACUGAUGGCGGAACUAGUGAAGCUAAGGCAGGAGCAGCAGAACACGAAAGCACUUCUCCGAGCCAUGGAGGAGAGGCUUCAAGGGACGGAGCAGAAGCAGCAGCAAAUGAUGGUUUUCUUAGCCCGCGCCUUGCGGAACCCCAACUUCCUCCAACAAUUGGCGACCCAGAACGAGAAAAGGAAGCAGCUCGAAGAAGCCAUUUCGAAGAAACGGCGACGGCAAAUCGAACAGGCGUCUUUUCGCGGAGAUGCGGGUAGCGGCAGCCGUGUAGAGAUCCAAACGCCGAUCAAACUUGAAGCCGAAACAUUAGAAAGAAACAUUCUUUUAGAUGGGGUGUUGGACUUGGAGACUCUGGCUCUAGAGAUGCAGGGAUUAGGAAAGAGAAAGGAUAAAGAACACAUUGAUGGGGAGUUGAAUGAUGAGUUUUGGGAGGAGUUGCUUAAUGGAGGGAUUGGAGAGGAGAAUGGUGAAGUUGAUAUUGAGGGGAUGAGUGAUAGUGCUGAGGAUGUGGAUGUGCUGGCUGAGAAACUGGGCUUUCUUAGUUCUACUAGCCCUAGAUAGCAGCACUAAGAUUUUCAUGUCUUGAUGGUAGUCUGUUCUAUUCUGCUCACACUUCAGGAGACUGAUGGCAGCCUGUGAAUACAGACCCCUCUGAUCUUUACUACUUUCAUGUGGGGUUUUUAAUAUUGCUAGUUUCUUUUUUGGAUGAUUUAAUUGCUAUCAUAUGCUUCUCCUAAUGCUGCUUGGAAGCUCCUUUGUUGUACUGUAAUCUUAUCCCUUGUUGUAUUGUAAUCUUUUGACGUCGCAAUUUAGAAAAUAGCUUUAGUUUAUUGCAA